AUGUGGGCACACUCAGUUUACUCCACACUACAUCACGUGUGUACCAACCGUGGAAGGUACUGUGCGCCUGAUCCUAGGCAGGAUUUUACUAAAGGGUAUGAUGGGAAGGAUGUUGUGGUGGGUACUGUGGAAGGUACUGUGCGCCUCAUCCUUCAUCUGCGGCAUGCUUGUGUUUAUAGAGUGGUGAAUGAGACUGAUAUUGAUCUUAAGAAGGUGGACAACUGUAUUGGAGAUCCUGAUGCAGAUGUGGAGAAUCCUAUUCUUAAAGCAGCGCAUGAGUUUCAGAUUGGGAACGGUUCUCGUAAAUUGGAGAAAGAGGCAACGCUGAAAGCUAUGCGGUUCAGGUUUUCGGAGUUAACAAAACCAGCUAUAUGUCUAACUGAAUAUUUAAAUACUAAUGAAUGUUUGGAAAACAAUGGUGGGUGUUGGCAGGAUACAGCUGCCAACAUAACUGCAUGCAGGGAUACAUAUAGGGGAAGAUUGUGUGAGUGCCAUACUGUUCAAGCCUGCUCUCAACGUUGUUGUUUUCACUUGGCAGCCUCUGAAGCUUUGCAUUGUGGUAUCAACAAUGGAGGGUGCUGGAGAGAAACCAGAGGCAGCUACACUUACUCUGCUUCCGUAGAUGAUCAUUUAAAUUGUUGCAAAUGCCCACUUGGGUUCAAGGGUGGUGGAGUAAAGAGUUGUGAAGGUACUUAUUAUGUAGCAUCAAUAUAUUCAUGCGGUCGACUUGCAUAUAGAACUAGACACAUGUGA